UCUUCUUCUUUCUUUUCGGCUACAAAUUUCCUUCUUUCUUUCUGGCUUCAAAUUUUGCUUAUUCAAUUUUUGAGUAUUUUUUCUUGGCCCAGAAUGGAAUUAUAGUUGGAUAUUCUGAUUCUUGAUCAAAGUCAAGAUUUUUUGAGCUGAAAGAUUGUGCCCGUUUGAGAAUUUUUUACUGUAGUUCUUUGAUGGGUUUUUAGGGAAUCAAUGCUUUAUUUACCUUAUGUUAUUUUGUUUUUGGUUUAUUUUGUGUUACUUUUGUGAAGAAAAGAGUAACAUUUCUUUAUGACAUGGAUCAGGAUGAUGAAGGUUAUGGUAAUGAAAUUUAUGGCCAUUCACAAUGGUUAUUAGGUAGAUUCUUUAUUAAUUGAAUUGUCGGCUAUAGUUUUGGUUCACAAGAUGAAUUGCGUGCCAUUGGAGAAAUUGGGUUUUGUGUUGUGUCAAGCUAUGUUUUUGUUUUUGGGUCAUAUUUUGGUGCACAAUGCAAAUAGAAGGUGGUUUUGUAGCUGUAUGUAUUGGCACCUGUGUUAAAGAAUGUGAUUCGGUGUGUCUGUGGAAUGCUUAGAGCCUCUCCUUUGUGGGAAAGUUUUGAAGUGAAUGGGUUGGGAGGUUAGCUGAAAGGUCAUUACUGAGAUCCCCAAUCGAACUUCAUGAGCAUGAAUGCUAAGAAAGAAUGGCAAUGAUUUCGUGCUUAACAAAUUUGAGAUUGUUAAAAUAAAAUAAAGCUCUGCUUCGUUGAAUCUUACUGGUUUAAGAGCAUUGCAGACUUGAUGUCUUUGUGUUGUUAACCAUCUGCGUUGUCAUUUUCAACAUGAGCAACCAAUUCAGUGAAGAUAAUGAAGAUGCGACUGUUGCGGGAUUUGAAGUUCCUAGAUCACCUGAUUCAAGUUACAACAAUGCAUAUCCAGGGAAUGAAGAUGAGGUACGGGACCCACCUUCAGUGCCUCCACACCUGCAACACUCGUUGCUUAGCUACCCUGCAAGUGCAGACUCUUCUGAAACGCUUCCACUGCCACAGAAUGUGAUUCUCAACCAUCUUUACAUUGAGAACCGGGAGACCCCACGUUCUGUGGUGGCACUCGGGUUCACUCAUCGCUUCCAUUCAAAAUUUGUCACUGUUGUGCUAUACAAACCUGUUCAAAGGAGGGGUAGUACCAGCACUUAGUAUGCGUAUAUAAUAAACCUUCAUUAGGUUUUCUUUCUUUGCCCAUGUUGUGAUGGAAUUGGCUGCGAUGGACUCUAAUAUGAGAUUAGCCAAAACGAGAAAUAUUUAUAGUCUCGCAUCACAGCAACUGUUGGAAUUAGGUUCGUUCUAUUGAACCCUGAAGUUCUCUUCACUUAAAUUGUCACCUCUGCCAUGAGGGUAGAUUGCUAGACUUGUAAAGCUUCCAUUCAUCUUCCUGCCAACACUCAAAUGGUGGAGUGGAGCUUGUUUGUACUAUGAAACUUGAAAAUUUGCUUUAUCCCAUGGACAUGUGCACUUGUUGCUCCGAAA